AUGGCAUAUCCAGUGCUCGUCUCUACAUAUCCUCCUAUCAAUACAAGCGACGAUCAAUCAGUUGCGCAGCUCAUUAACAACUACAACCCCGAUAAUGUGCCGGACGACAAAAUCAUUCACACAGACUCCUUGUCGAACAAAAGCAUCAGUUUUGGAGGACUUCGAGAACAAGCCGCAAGAUGUGCUUGGGGCCUAGUACACAAACUCAAGCUGGAAGAAGGAAAAAGAGUACUGGCGAUUCUCCCGAACUCGAGUGAUUUUAUCCUGCUCGCGCACUCUGUGUGGUGGGCCGGUGCAGUUUUUGCGCCUCUGAACCCAAGCUCACUAUCGAAAGACGUCGUAUACGCUCUGGGGAUAGUAGAGCCGGCUUAUAUCGCUUGUGAUAUCGCUUGCCUUGCGACCGUCAGUGCCGCACUUGCUUCCUAUCAGCCAGCGCAAGGACGACCAGAAAUCCUGCUUCUCCGUGGCCGAAAACAUGAUCUUCCCGUGUUUCCCGACGACAUUAUCGGUCGAAGCAGCUCUGAGAGUAUGACCCCUUACAGUCUCAAUGGCAAGAAGGCAAGUGAAACUACUUCAACCAUAUGCUUCUCCUCUGGGACCACUGGAAUGAUAAAGGGAGUUCAACUCUCUCAUCAUAACAUUGUCUCGAAUGUAUUGCAGAUGCGAGCUUCAUUGCCCGGUAUUCUCAACGCAAGCCAUAGAGAAGUCUUCUUCCUUCCUUACUAUCACAUCUACGGCCUAUCAUGUGUCGCCAUCUACGGCAUGUGGAUCGGUUCGUUCACAUAUGGGUUGACGUCGUUCCACCUUGAACUAUUCUGCCAGAAGUUGGCAGAGCAUAAAGCCACGUUUGCGCAUCUGGUACCUCCGGUCGCAGCCUUGUUAGCCACGUCUGAAAUCCCACUCAAGCACGAUCUGUCGGCACUAACAACGCUGGUUGUUGCUGCUGCGCCGAUGAAACGGGAUCUUCAAUUGAAGCUCAAAGCACAGCUUGGAUCCAAAAUCAAGAUCCUUCAGGGUUAUGGGCUUUCGGAGUGCUCGCCUACAGUCAUGUACCAGCAUGAGUCUGAUGAGAAUUACGUCGGAACAGCUGGGAAGCUGUUGUCAGGAACACAAGCACGAUUAGUGGAUCCGAACACAAAUAAAGACGUUGCAAAAGGAGAGGAGGGCGAGUUAUGGGUUCGUGGACCACAGGUGAUGCAAGGAUACGUUGGUGACGAACAAGCAACACGCAACACUUUCUCAGAGGACGGCCAAUGGCUACGUACGGGCGAUAUUUUGAAGGUCGAUUUAAAUGGCAACUUUUGGGUCACGGACCGUCUCAAAGAACUGAUCAAGUACAAAGGCUUCCAGGUUCCUCCUUCCGAGCUUGAAGAUCUCCUCCUGAGGCAUCCUCAUGUUAUUGAUGCUGCAGUUUGCUCCAUUUACGACGAUGCUCAGGCUACUGAACUACCACUAGCGUAUGUGAGCUUGACACCACAGUUAUUAACACUCGGAAGGGCUCAAAGGGACGUUCUAUUGCGUGAAAUUCAAGACUGGGCAAACGGUCAAGUUGUAGGUUACAAGAGAAUUAGGGGCGGCGUUUUCCACUUACAGGAUCUACCCAAGACACCUACAGGCAAGAUCUUACGUAAGAAUUUACCUGCGAAACAGUGCAAAACGAAUGAUAGCAAGCUUUAG